AUGCCCGGGGCGAUCCACUCGAGUUCGCCAGGUGAUUGCAGCCAAUUACAGGCAACCGCUAGCUCUGAAUUGCAUAUCCCAGAUUUGGAGCUACUGCACCAUUAUACCACUUCAACCGCCUACACAUUCUCGCUCCAUCCACUCUUGCAAACAUUCUGGCGAGUCGAGGUCCCUCGAAUUGGGUUUACCGCACCAUACACUCUUCGAGCAAUUUUAGCUAUAUCAGCCCUACAUUUGGCGGUUCUGCGUCCAGAGCAAAUGCAGUUCUACAUCACACAGGCGAACACUCACCAUGAAGCAGCACUGAAGCUGGCUACUCCCGAGAUGGCAAACAUAGGCCCGGAUAACUCGGCUCCAUUAUUCCUCCUAUCCGCCUUGUUAUCCUUCAUCAGUUGUGCGAAACCACUCAAAUUGGGUAACUUCUUCCUUUUGGAAAACAACAAUAUUGCAGACUGGCUCCUGCUCAUCCGAGGCACCGGGACCAUCCUCGACAUUGCCGACCAGUCGCUCAAGACGGGACCAUUGGCGUCGAUGUUCAGCGUACGGGCUCAACAUCGGAAGUUUACAACCACCAAGCGACAUCACGUUCUAGAGGAACUAUGCCAACUUAUCCUGGCUGAGGUCCAGGAUCAACACAUGGUCCAUAUGUAUAUUGGCACACUUGAUGAAAUGAACCGAUCGUACGCGAUGUGCUUGGAGCAUGGCCUGCGUCUUGAGACAGCGGAUGUCUUUGUCUGGCUAAUACGUGUGCCAUAUGAGUUUCUGGUACUUCUAAAAAACUACGAACCCUUGGCUUUGAUAAUUCUCGGUUACUUCUGCGUUCUACUGCAUCAGUUAGAGUGGAUGUGGUGUAUGAAAGGCUGGAGUAGUCAUCUUCUGUCGCAGAUCUAUGACCAGCUCAGUACAACACAUCGUGUUUGGAUUCGAUGGCCAAUGGAGCAAAUUGGCUUUCUUCCGCCUAUGUGA